AUGGCCCCACUCAACGAGAAGGACGCUGUAGGCGUAUCGGCUUCAGCCAACGCACUCGCUUUGGAUCAUGGAUAUGCCGAAGACGAGAUCCAGGAAAAAGCAAAGCUUCUCGGCUGCAGCGCAGAGGAGUUUCUGGAGGUCAAGGAAAGCAGCAAGACACUUAGCCUUGAGGAUGCUGCGAAUCGAGCCAAGCGCAUCCUCCAUUUCCACGACCAAGACUCUAACUUCAACCCCGAGUCAAUUGUCCGUCUUCAGGCCUUUGUCAAUCACCCUGAUCUUUUCGAUAACCCCGAUGCGCACGCAGAGCUCAUCGCCGACAUCAAGGCGGAGGUCUGCCUUCUCACCGACGACUCGCCCUAUGCAGAAGUGCGGGCUGUCGUGAGCAACAAGGACGACACUUAUGCCCCGGCUGGCACGAUCCGCGCGUGGACAAUCGGCCUCGUGUUUGUCGUGCUGCUGAGCUUCGUCAACCAGCUCUUCUCCGUCCGCCAGCCGGCAAUCCGGCUUGAUGCUGCGGUUGUGCAGCUCCUGUCGUUUCCAAUAGGCAAAGCCUGGGAGAGAUGGCUGCCCGUGGGCGAAUUCGCGGUCUUUGGUGCACGUCUUAAGCUGAAUCCUGGCAAGUUCACGCAGAAGGAACAUAUGCUGAUCUCGAUUAUGGCGAAUGUGGCGACGAGCUUGCCCCAUUCGCGGUAUAUCAUCUUUACGUCGUGGAUGAGGAAGUAUUUCAAUCGGCCUUUUGCGAGCUCGUUUGGGUUUCAAAUUUGCAUUUCGCUUUCCUUCAAUUUGAUGGGCUUUGGGCUUGCUGGGCUGGCUCGACGAUUCUUGGUCUAUCCAUCGUUCUGCAUCUGGCCUCGUUCGCUUGUCACUGUGGCCCUGAACCAGUCUCUUCAUGAUGAUGAAAGUCCCACCGUCCCCGGCCCCUUCAAAAGACUGUACAGCAUGUCCCGCUACAACUUCUUCCUGCUCGCAUUUGCCUGCAUGUUCGUCUGGUUCUGGUUUCCUAGCCAUAUCGUCUCAGCCCUGUCGCUCUUCAACUGGCUUGCCUGGAUUGCACCAAGCAAUUUCGCACUGACUGCCAUCACCGGCCUCAAGACGGGCCUGGGGUUUAAUCCCCUGCCUACAUUCGACUGGAACGUUGCCACUCUCCACAUCGACCCGUUGAUUGUCCCUUUCCACGUCACAGCGAAUAUGUUCGCUGGUGCGUUGCUCAGCGGGUUAAUCCUGGUGGCCAUGUACUGGACGAACUCGUAUCAUACUGGGUAUCUGCCCAUCAACACCAAUAACAUGUUUGCCAACAACGGAUCCCAAUACAACGUCUCGGCGAUCCUGGAUGAGCGGGGGCUUCUUGAUACGGAGAAAUAUCUGAGCUACAGUCCGGUGUACAUCACCGCGGCGUCUAUUGUUUAUUAUAUCUUCUUCUUUGCCGUGUAUAGUGCCGUCGUGUCGUAUGCCAUUGUCUACCAUCGGCAAGACAUCAAGCUGGGGAUGAGAUCCCUGGUGAGAUCCUUCAGAGGAGGCAACAACCGGAAUGACUUUCAAGACAUCCACAGUCGACUCAUGGGUUCUUACCGCGAGGCCCCAGAGUGGUGGUACCUAAUCUUGAACGUCAUCGCUGUAGGAUUGGGAGUUGCCGCCGUGGUAGCCUGGCCAACCUACACCAACGUUGGCGUCGUGUUCUUUGGUAUCGCACUGGCUUUGAUCUUUGUCAUUCCCACUGGCAUUAUAUACGCCACGACAGGUAUUGAGGUCGAGUAUAAUGUUCUGGCAGAGUUUAUCGGAGGGGCGUGGCAGCCUGGGAAUGCACUCGCGAUGAACUUCUUCAAAGGCUUUGGAUACGUGACAACAGCGCACGCUCUCAGCUUCGCCAAUGAUUUGAAACUCGGUCACUAUCUCAAGAUCCCCCCUCGUCAGACAUUCUGGUGCCAGGUUGCUGCGACCAUCGUAUCUGCCCUCGUCUGCACCGGCGUCAUGAACUUCCAAAUCACCCGCAUCCCAGACCUCUGCGAAGCAAACCAGAAGAACAAAUUCACCUGCCCAGGCCUCCAAUCCUACUUCACAGCCGCCGUUCUAUUCGGGUCUCUCGGGGCACGUAGAGUCUUCGGCGCCAGCGCCCAAUACACAGCCCUCCUGGCCGCAUUCCCAGCAGGUCUUCUCUUCCCAGUCAUAUACUACUACGCCACCCGCAGACUCCCUCGAACACACUGGCUCACGAAGAUCCACCCGGUCGUGAUAUUCAGCGGUGGCCAUACCUGGGCUCCUUACAACCUGGGCUACCUGUGGCCUGCGGUGCUACCGGGCUGGAUCUCGUGGAACUAUAUACGGCGGCGCUAUCUGAUGUUCUGGUCCAAGUAUAAUUAUGUCCUGUCGGCGGCGUUUUCGACGGGGAUUGCGAUUGCCGCGGUGGUUAUUUUCUUUGCCGUUAGUUACCAUGGAGCUGAUGUGAAUUGGAUUGGGAAUCAGCCUGAUAAGGGGUGUGAGGCUAGUGGGGAGUGUACGAGACUGCAUCUGUCGGAGGGGGAGUACUUUGGGCCUCGGAUUGGGACGUUUGUUGUAUAA